GCAGGCUGGGAGAUCAGAAGAACGCCGAAGGAUCGCAAGUCCGGAGAAGAACGCGGAGCUACACCCACCACUAGUACUGGGCUUGUGGCCCAGGAAGGAUGCAAGACAAACUCUUCCAAGAGGGGGCAGCCAUCAGAAUCAGACAACUCAAGCAGAAGGACCUCUGAUUUAUCUAGACAGUUUCUUUUUAAAACGAACAAUCACUGCAACAAAUAAAGGGUUAAUAGACCAGCCGUUGCCCCGCCCUGUGGGAGCCGGAGGGAGCAGGUUUGAAAGUUCCUGUGUGCAGAAGGGGAGACUUAAGGUGGGGGGCGCUAAAUAUUUCUGCAAAGCGUCUGCUCCGCUGGCGUUGCGGUGGGACUGGCUGGUUGGCUGGUGCUCUGCCGGGUUCUGUGCCUGAGAGUUGUCAGUGAGCGAUGCCCGCCGCCCCGAGCCUGGGUCCAGGCUUUCUGCGCAAGGGAUCCUAGCCGAGAACGCCGGGUGCUGCUGCCAGGGCCAGAAGGGGUUGAAGUCUGCUGGGGAGGCGUCGUCUCGCUGGGCUGUCACCCAGGAGGGACCGGGAGGCGAGGCGAGCCGCGGACUAGCGCGGAGUUGGAGAGGUGGCUGCCCGACUCUCACCGGGCGCUGAGGCGUUUACGUUCCCUCUGGUUCAUCUAGCAGAAGACUAGGCGGUUUAUGCAACAGUAUCCUGCUUCUGCACUGCCAAGGCUAUGCGAGAACGCGGUCAGGACAGCCUGGCAGGACUCGUGCUGUAUGUAGGAUUCUUCGGACACCCCGGGAUGCUGCACAGGGCCAAGUACAGCCGCUUUCGGAACGAGUCCAUCACCUCCUUGGACGAAAGCAGCCCCGGAGGCUCAGUCGGGAACAAGGGCUCACAGCAACCUCCCUACCCCGGCGCCCCUCACCUGCCAGCUGAAGAUGCCACCUUGGCGUCCCAGGAGAGCCCCACCCCACUGUGCACCUUGAUCCCUCGCCUGGCCAGCAUGAAGCUGGCCAACCCUGCCACCUUGCUGAGUCUGAAAAACUUUUGUUUGGGUACCAAAGAGGUGCCGCGGUUGAAGCUCCAGGAAAGUCAGGAGCCUGCUCCCAGCAGCCCUGCUUCCCCAGAGACCGGUCUGAAUCGGGCAGGGUCCGCACCUCAGCCACAGCCACCGUCUCAGCGGGAGCUGGUGGGGCCCAGGGCCACUGUCUCAACUCCAGAUGCCUGUCCCUUCCCGGGGCCUGGGGAUCCAACUCCUGGGAGCAGGCAGGACAGGCACUUUAUGCAGCACCUGCUGGGGACUGGCAUGAACUACUAUGUGAGGUAUAUGGGCUGUAUUGAAGUACUGCAAUCAAUGAGGUCACUGGAUUUUGGCAUGAGAACCCAAGUUACAAGGGAAGCAAUAAGUCGCCUGUGUGAUGCUGUCCCUGGGGCCACCAGAGCCAUUAAAAAACGAAAGCCUCCAGUUAAGUUCCAAUCAACUGUUCUUGGCAAAAGUAAUCUGCAGUUUUCGGGAAUGAAUAUAAAACUGAUCAUCUCAACAUGCAGCCUCACAUUGAUGAAUCUUGACAACCAACAGAUUAUUGCCAAUCACCACAUGCAGUCUAUUUCAUUUGCCUCUGGAGGGGAUCCUGAUACCUCAGACUAUGUUGCCUACGUAGCUAAAGAUCCAGUUAAUCAUCGAGCUUGCCACAUACUGGAAUGCCGCAACGGAAUGGCCCAAGAUGUCAUCAGUACCAUAGGUCAGGCUUUUGAACUCCGGUUUAAACAGUAUUUGAAAAAUUCUUCCUUGAAUACUUCUUGUGAAAGUGAGGAGGUGCAUGUUGAUGGCCAGGCUGAGGAGCGAGAUCAUGAGUAUUACAAUGAAAUCCCAGGAAAGCAGCCACCAGUAGGUGGUGUUUCAGAUGUGCGGAUCAAAGUUCAAGCCACAGAGCAAAUGCCAUACUGCCCCAUUCAAUGUGAAAAGUUGUGCUAUUUGCCUGGAAACUCCAAGUGCAGCAGUGUAUACGAGAACUGUUUAGAACAAAGCAGGGCAAUAGGUAAUGCACAUGAGAGAGGGGUGCAGUCCCAACGAGACACCUCAUUAAUGAAACACACAUGUCGAGUGGAUCUCUUCGACGACCCCUGCUACAUUAAUACGCAGGCUCUUCAGAGUACACUUGGCUCUGCCCGAAAUCAAGGCUUAUCUCACCAACUGGGGAGCCUGUGGCACCAUGAAAAGGCACCAGAAACCGUUCAGCCAGGAGCCACGGCUCAGCCUGCUAGCUCACAUUCAUUGCCACACAUUAAGCAGCAGCUGCGGAAUGAAGACUGCUACCAUGGCAAACUGAGCAGGAAGGCAGCAGAGAGCCUCUUGGUAAAGGAUGGGGAUUUUUUGGUUCGAGAAAGUGCAACAUCUCCUGGCCAAUAUGUGUUGAGUGGACUACAGGGAGGCCAGGCAAAACAUCUUCUCCUGGUGGAUCCUGAAGGCAAGGUGAGGACCAAGGAUCAUGUAUUUGAUAAUGUUGGUCAUCUGAUCAGAUACCACAUGGAUAACAGUUUGCCAAUCAUCUCUUCUGGAAGUGAAGUAAACCUCAAACAACCAGUGAGAAAAGAUAAUAAUCCAGGACUUUUGCAUUCCAGCAAAUGACAAUAUGAACAUGCUAUCCCAUUGAUACUUCAGGAAACUCCAUUUUGUGUUAGACACUUGGCUUCUAGAGCCCAAACUGUGAAGUGCAUCUUUCCAAGACCAAUAUGGACUUGGCCCUUUAUAAAACAAAGAACUAACAAAAACUGAUCUUCAGAAAGUGAAAAUCCAAAGGGGAAGAGGAUUAAUCCAUUUGAAAAGAAAUUAUACAUAUGCACGGAUGUCACUUUUUAAGGCCAGAAUACAUUGAUAACAAAUUAAAAAGCACAAUUAAAAUUUCACAUGCUAAAGACAACUUGAAUGAACUGCUGGGGCAGUGGUAUGUGCCUUUCAACUUGAUUAUUUGGGGACAUUUUCAUAUCGGGGAGAUUAGUUCUAAAUGUCUCAUGCUCUAUAGCUACAGAACCAUUUGCCAAAACAAAAAACAGAAAAACAAGAACAAGGUUUUCUUUCUUACAAAAAUAAACAAUUUGCUUGAUGACUAUUGACUUUAUUACAUUUUUCAUUUAGUAGCACUUUCACUGUAAUAUUAAAAUUAAUUUGACAUUGAAUUUGGACAGUAUCUAUGCCAGUGGAAACAAAAUCAAAACCCACUGAAGCAUUGGUCUGUCCCAUUUGCUGGUGAAAGGGUUGCGGGCCAAAUUCUUUGGCCUAGAAUUUCUCAAUUUUUGCUGUUUGGAGUUUUUGUAGGCAGUGUGUUACAAACUGAGAGACCAAAUCUAUCAGUCACUUCUCAUUUCCUCAUUUUUAUCCUUCCUCCCUCACACAAAAAGACAGCUCAUGAGUGCAUAGAUUUAAAAGAGGCAAACAAAUGAAUGCUCUUUAUAUUCUAUAUCUUAAUAGGUUCCACUUUUAUUUGAGCUGCAAAAUUUACUUGAUGGUGUGAGGAAAUAUCCUCUUGUUUGACUGAAACUAAAAUUUAGUUUGGUUAGAUAUAGCCAAACAAAAAACAGAAGGACAAAAAAAAAAAAAAAAACAUUGAAUGCAAUAAUUGGAAUUUUUUUUCUGCCUGUAGACCUAAUGUCAAAGUUAAUUAUGCAUGGAGCACUCAUCAGUGUGAUCUUGAAGAAGUUCUUGAACCUACCUGGACUCCAUUUUUCAUGUCUUUAAAAUGAGGGAACUGGACUAGGUGAAUUCACACAUCCACUUCAGUUGUAACAUGUUUAUAAAAAGUAAAUUUUCCACUUACUGGGGGUGAGCAUUGACAACCUGUCUGUAAAAUACUUACAUUUUUUUUUCUUAAGUCUGUGUAAGUACUCAGAGAUAAAGAUUCAAGUAGUAGAGACCCCAAACCUCUCAGUCUAAAUCAUUGAAAGUUGGAAAUAAUAUAGGUAACCAUGGUAGAAGUGAAUUUAGUUGUUUUGAGUAGCAGAAAAUGUACUUGCCUUUCCAUAUAGAGAUCUGACCAUUACUUUAGAAUUUGUUUUAUUUUUUAAUCCUGAGUGGUCUGGACAAUUGCCUUAACUCCACUUCAUUUUGGCUACAUAGAUAAAACUAAAUAUUUGUAAUUGUGAUAUAUUUGCUAUGUUUUAAAUAAAAUAUGGAUAAAUUCUUUUGCAUAGAAAUUCAGCACACUGAACUCUAAUAUUUUUACGUAAAGGCUUAUGAGUUUAUUUUACUUAGUGCCGUUAAUUUCUUUGGAAAGCUUGUUUUCUUUUAUACAACUAGGAAAUAUUAUAUUUUCCAUUGAAUUUUCAUACAUCUUAAUUCUUGAUUAUCUGUCUUCAUAAAGGGUAUUAGCAUAGGUAUAGGUCAUAGAAAUGUAUGGGUGAUCUAAUCACCUUUAUCAGAGACAAGACAGGACUGUGGUCUCUCUCAGUCUGGAUGAGCAGAGUGCUAUAUAGUAAAAAAAAAAAAAAGAGUUCCUGG